AUAGUGAACCUGUGAGAGAAAGACAACGAAGAGAAAGAUAUGGAGGCAACGAAAGAGAGAACGGAAAGCGAAGAUAAGAAGAGAGACGUCACCAGUGAGGCAGGAAAGGCUCAAGACAACACGACGGUGAGAGCCAUCAUUCGCGAAUCUAUAGUGGAAGGCAGAGGUGCCAGAGACGAUGACAAUGUCAAAGACGGCGGCAAUGGCACUGGCAAGCCGGAUGAUAUUCUUGUUUACUCAAGAACUGUACGGAAGAUCGAUUCGUCGCUUGAAUAGUAGCUCAUGUCGAUGGGUUCAACGACCAUGAAUACGAUCAACUUUGAACUGUGUGGUGUUUCUCAUUUAGUGCGUUUGGGUUAUAUGGGCUAAGUUGUGGGGAGUAUUUCGUAUCAUUUCGGAUUUUCGGUGUUAGUUAGUGUUCGUUUACUUGUCUAUUUAAGUUGUUUACGUUUGUGAAACUUUUUCUAUGAAGAGAAAAUUACCUAAAGUUAUACUUGUGUUCUUUGUCCCAAAAAAAAAAGAAAAGUUGUGUUCUUGUU